UUCGAAGAGGAAUGCGGACCUCGAAGCUCACAGAACAGUAAUAAAGAAGACAGGCAGAGAAGCCUUAAAAACGAAAUAUGUCGAAAGCUCAAACACAGGCAAAUUCCUCCUCGGGGGCUACAGCCACCGCUGGACCUUCUUCUUCUUCCUCUUCCUCGUCGGCCGGCGGCUCGACGUCUCCCGCUAACGUACUGCACGUACAACCCGAAAAACCGCAGCACUACACGUACCUGAAGGAGUUCCGCACCGAGCAGUGUCCUCUUUUCGUACAGCACAAGUGCACGCAGCACCGGCCCUUCGCCUGCUUCCACUGGCACUUCCUGAACCAGCGGCGGCGGCGCCCUGUGAGGCGUCGUGACGGCACCUUUAACUACAGCCCGGACGUGUACUGCACCAAGUACGACGAGGGGACGGGGACCUGCCUGGACGGAGACGAAUGCCCUUUCUUGCACCGGACCGCAGGAGACACUGAGCGGCGAUAUCAUCUCCGUUACUACAAAACGGGCUCCUGCAUCCACGAGACCGACAGCAAGGGACACUGCAGCAAGAACGGGCCUCACUGCGCCUUCGCCCACGGAUCCCACGACCUGCGCUGCCCUGUCUAUGACAUCAGGGAGGUGCAGGUGAUGGAGGCCCAGGCUGGCCCGGGGGCAGAGGGGGGCGGCGGGGAGGGGCAGUCGGGACUCGCGGCCAGCACUGCGCUCAUCGAGAAGAUCCUGAGUGAGGAGCCCCGCUGGCAGGAUAACACCUAUGUGCUGUCCCACUACAAGACCGAACUGUGCAAAAAGCCCCCGCGGCUCUGUCGUCAAGGUUACGCCUGUCCCUACUACCACAACAGCAAGGACCGCCGACGCAGCCCUCACAAACACAAGUACAGAGCGCUCCCCUGCCCUGCGGUGAAGCACAGUGAUGAGUGGGGAGACCCCAGCAAGUGUGAGAGUGGCGAGGCCUGCCAGUACUGUCACACUCGCACAGAACAGCAGUUCCACCCAGAGAUCUACAAAUCCACAAAGUGCAAUGACAUGCAGCAGAGUGGCAGCUGUCCCAGGGGCCCCUUCUGCGCCUUCGCUCAUCUGGACCAGCCUAGCAUUAGCGAGGAUAUGCAGCAGCCGUUCCCCCACCCCGGCUCGCCCCUGCCCUCGGGGGCCAUCACAGACGAGUCGGGGCAGAGAAGUCCCAGCAGCCCCCUGGGCCGCUUCGGGGGGCGGUCCUUCACCCCUUCCAGUGGCAUGUGUGUGGCAGAGCUGGGUCUGCUGGGAAGGGUGCUAUGUGACGAGUCCUCCAGCUUGGAGGCCUCCGCGUCACCCUGGGCAGGAGAAGGCGGCUAUGGGCGUGCUCCGGGGUUCGAGAGAGAAGACCAGGCAAAACUGAAGACGCUUUCCAUGGAACAGCGCAGUCGGGACCUGGCUCAGAUGCACAGCAAGCAGGAUCUGCUGGUCUUCCUCCCUGUGGGCAGUCCUCUCAGCAUGUCGUCCAGUGUGCCCUCCAGCCUGGCAGCUACACCCCCAAGUCCUGCUCCUCCAGGCCCCUCCCCAGGCAUGAACGCCAACGCACUGCCCUUCUACCCUACCAGUGACACAGUGGAGUCUGUCCUGGAGUCUGCCCUGGAUGACUUGGAUCUAAAUGAUUUUGGUGUGUCUGCUCUGGAGAAGAGCCUAGACAGCAGCACUGUGGGGGUCAUGUUGGGAGGAAACCAGCUACAAAGCUCCGCGCCUGUCAACAUCCCCGGCUCCUUCAGCAGCUCCGGGUCAUUCCGCUCACCCUCGCCAUCCCCACCAAUCAGAGCUCUUCCUUCCCCCUUCCUCUCCGCUCACCUGCCACAGCCCAGCCAAUCAGAGGGCAGCUUUCUGGGGCCCUCACACAGCUCACUGGGAUUGAACGGGAUGAGCAGCAGUAUCUGGGAGCACUUCCCCCCGGGGCAGGGGUCUCCCGGGACGCCUCCCGCCCUGCUCUCCUCGGGGCUGUGCGUGGAGGCGGCCCGGCUCAAGCAGGAGGUGGAGGAGGCGCACAGGGUGCUGAAGCACUGGGACCACAGUUGGAGGCAGAUGGCCCAGUCGUGGGCGGUGCUGAAGGCCGAUGCGGAGGAGUCCAGGGUGCUGGCGGGGAGGCUGACCGCGGAGGCGGAGCGCGCCCGCCAGGCGGACGAGGAGGCGCAGCGGCAGGCCUCCCUGCUGGAGGAGGCGCUGGAGAGCCUGCGGACGGGGGAGAACCCCCACCUCUCCAUCCACCACCUGCAGCUGCUGCACCGCCUGCCACUGGAGGCUGUGUGCAGUCUGCAGGCUCAGCUCUGCACCUGCCUGCACACGGUGGAGCAGACAGUGUUCAGGAAGCAGAGACUGUGCUGCCUGGUGUGUGGUGAGGUAGGCUCAGUGUCCCUCCCGUGCCAACACGGGCUCCUGUGUGAGGGCUGUGCCGGCUCCUCAGAGUGCCCGCGGUGCACAGAGCACCAACAGACCCUAGGCCUGCCCUCCUGACUUUGCCCCCAGCCUGCCGCCUGUCCCAAUGGAGCAAAGCCCUGCCUCCACUGCCAUCCUUAGAGGAAUCCUGCCCUGCACUCUGCCCCACUCAUCUCCUGUGGAGCCCAGCUGGCUUUGAGAAAUGGGGAGAAUUUCUCAAAGAAGAAACGCUUAAUGGCAAAGGGGAUGAUAUUCCACUUCUGCACAGACCACCUUUUCCCCCCCAUGUUUCACUUACUUUUCAUUUUUCACUUUUUGUUGGUCCUGGCUCAAGAUUGUAUAAACAAACUGACAAAGUUAGUAAUGGUGCCAAGGAAAAGUACAGUGAGAGCAAGUGCACAGAUCUCCCAGUGGAAUCGGUUGUUUUAAACCGUCUCAGGUUCACCAGUCUGUUUCAUUACCUAUGUAUGGAAAUAGGAAAAUGGGAACACGACAACCAGACAACAAACUUAAGAAAUCAAACCUAGAAUAUUCAAUCAUUAUGUAUAUUUUUCAUUUUAAAUGAAGGUUUAAUGCCAAACUGUAUUCUCAAACAGCCAUUUUCUGUUUUGUAAUAAUGUUUUUGGACUUGCAGACAUGAACCAUGGUCAUUAUUUUGAUAUUCAGUAUUUUAAGUUGUCAUAUAUUGUUGAAUGGUUUAAUAUCUUUUCGCUGCACAGAGGUAAGGCCCUCAUGGAGAAAGCAGCAGUGUUUUGGGCAGGUUCCAGGGUGCAGGAGGAUGGGCGUGCGUUGGUUCUCGGUGCAACACUGUGGGUGUAGUCACCACCACCUGCUCUGGAAUUAUUGAACAAUAAGCAUUUUUUUUUUUGUUUUUGUAUUGGAAAAUAAACAAAUGUAUAUUUUUGGAUUAAAA